AGCCUCUUAUGCCUCGCAGUCUGCUCUUCCUAGCACAAUCCCCAUCCCUCGCUUCCAUCUUUCCAUGUUUACCUGGAAUGAAGUUUUGAACCAUCUCAGCAGGAACUGCCUCUGUGCGGAAGGGCUGUGACCCCCUCCCCAGGGAGCAGGUGAAGUAGCAGCAGUGCCCUGUGCCCCCAGAUCACAGACACUCUGUUCCAGCAACUGGUUACACCAAUAUGGCGGAGUUCUCGCGGUCCCCUCCCACUCUACUGUCUGCAUCCUUGACCUCGGUUAUGUCACAUCAGGACUGGGGUGUUUUAUCCAAGGAUGAGGCUGUGAAGAUUGAGAAAGACUUAGAAGAUGGGAACUUGCUGAAGGUGGUCUCUGACAUGAGGCGGCCUCUGGAGCUGGUGUCCCAGAUGCCAGUCAACAUCGCGGUGACAGGAGAAUCUGGCAAUGGCAUAUCCACCUUCAUCAAUGCGCUUCGCGAGAUAGGACACGAGGAGGAGGCCUCAGCACCCACAGGGGUGGUCACAACUACCGAAACCCGGGCCGCCUAUUCAUCCCCCCUGUUUCCAAAGGCUGUGCUGUGGGACCUGCCUGGCACAGGGGUGGCUACUGAUACCUUGCAGGAGUAUCAUGUGGCAAUGCAGUUCAGCCAGUACGACCUCUUCAUCAUCAUCGCGUCCCAGCAGUUCAGCAUGAAUCACGUGAUGCUCGCCAAAACCAUCGCAGAUAUGGGAAAGAAGUUCUACAUUGUCUGGACCAAGCUGGACCUGGACCUCAGCUCAAGCACCCUCCCAGGGUGUGAGCUACAGCAGACCAUCAAAAACCACAUCAUGAGAAGUCUCCAGAAGCAGCGAGUGUGCGAACCCCCCAUAUUCCUGGUUUCCAGCCUUAAACCUUCCUCAUAUAAUUUCCCAGGUCUCAGAGACACAUUGCAAACGGGCUUGUCCCAAGUCAGAUGCGAUGGCCCUCUUCAACACCUCAUGCAUGCCUGCGAGAAGAUCAUCAGCCACAGAGAAGCCUCCGUGCAGCAGAAAAUUACUCUACAACCUCUGCAAGGCUUCCUGGGCUUCUGGUAUGCAGAUGACUUGGCCGAGUGUCUGGAAGCCUACCGAUCAGUGUUUGGUGUAAACGCUGAAGCUCUCAGGGAGUAUGAGCAGAGCAAGAGGAGCACACUCACAGACUACAGGAGCGUCAUGAGGUCCCAAGAUGUGCAGUGUGUCCGCUGGAGGGACUGGAAACUCUGGGCCAUGACCUUUGUAGUCACGAAGAUGUUCUUCUUCUGUCUUAGCUUGUGCCCAGGCUUACGCACCUGUGUCAUUCCAUACUUUAGACAGAUGAAACAUAGACGCUGCCUCAAGAUAGUUGCCGAGGAAACAAAGACAGUCCUGGGUAAAAUGCUGAGAGACUCUGUCAUGCCUUGCAACACUCAGUGUGGGAAAAAGCUUCCAGCAGAUCCAGCAGACUCUCUCUCAGGUGGCCCUAAGAACUGAGGGGUGGGGGCGUCCUCUUCUCACCGCCCCUAGCUGAUAGAUUUAGAUGAAUAUUUUCUUCUGUGUUUCAGUGUUACAAAUUCCUUAAGAAUCAUGAUGGGGGCCUGCGCCGUGGCAUGGCAGGGAAAGCCACUGUCGGCAGCACUGUCAUCCCAUUUGGGUGCUGAUUUGAGACCCAGCUGCUCCAUGUUCAAUCCAGCUCCCUAAUAAUGUACCUGGGAAAGCAGCAGAAGAUGUCCCAAGUGCUUGAGCCCCUGCACCCACGUGGGAGGCCUGAGGAAGCUCCUGGUUCUUGGCUUCAGUCUGGCCCAGCCCUUGCCAUUGCGGCCAUUUGGGGAGUGAACCAGCUGAUGGAAGAUUCUCUCUCUCUCUCUCUCUUUCUGCCUCUCCCUUGCAGUAACUCUGCCUUUCAAACAAAUAAGUAAGUCUUAAAAAUGAUGCACGAUGAAAAAAUGAUGCAUGAUGAAAAGCACUCAUCUCGCUAGCACAAACCAUAAUGUGCCAUUUCUCCGGGGAGGAAUUCUGUUGUUGUGCAUGAAAGCAUUAAGUCAGGUUCUCAGAACCACAGAUUGAAAUUGUGCCUUCCACUGCAAAGUGCCCUGCAUGUCCAAACCAGUGUCUUUCCCACCCCUGACGUCAUUAAAGCUGGCAUCAUUCCUCUUCAUAAACCUUGUCAUUCUCGCAUUUCUUUGUCUCUCUUACUUACAGGACCUAGUGGGUCACCCCUGGUGCAGAAGGGCUGGUCAUAGUUUUAGGGGGCCGAUGGACACUGUGGUUGGAUCUGCUCUUUGAACCCCAGCUUAGCUUGCUGCUCCAGAGGCCAUUGACCUGCACAGCAUUCUCCACCAAGUGCCCUCAAUGAUCAGUGUUUUUUUUUUUUAAGAUUUAUUAUUUAUUUUUUCAAAGAUUUACUUACUUAUUCAAAAGGCAGAGUUACAGAAAGAGAGAAGCAGAGACAGAGAGAAAGGUGUUCCAUCUGCUGGUUCACUCCCCAAAUGGACACAACAACCAGAUUGGGGUAAUCUGAAGCCAGGAGCAAGAAAUUUCUUCUAGGUCUCCACGAGGGUGCAGGGCCAAGCUCUUGGCCCAUCUCCACUGCUCUCCCUGGUGCACCAGCACAGAGCCAGACCAGAAGUGGAGCAUCUGGGACUCCAACAAGCACCAACUUGGGAUGCCAGUACUGCAGGCUGAGGCUUCGUCCCUCUGUCCCAGCACUUGCCGCACUCAUGCUCCUGGGAAAGCAGUGUACUUGGCCCUGCCAUCCACAUGGGAAACCUGGAUGGCAUCCCCAGGCUCCCAGUGUCAGCCUUGCCCAGCCUUGGUUGUUGCAGACGUCUGAUGACUAGACCAGCUGUUAGAAGAUCUCUCUGUCUCUUUCUCUCUCUGUAACUCUGCCUUUCAAAUAUAUGAAUAAACCAACCAACCAACCAAUCAAUCUCUUCUUAAAAAAAGUGAGUAUCAGUGAUUACUGUCAGGGUCCUGGCAGGAGGCUCAGCACAACCUCAGCCUGGGUUGUUCCAGGAUACUUUAACGAGGAGGACAUUUUCAAAGCUGUGGGCAGGAUGCCCACAAGACAACCUGUUGACCUCCAUGGCAAGCCAUGGGUGCUGUGGUUGUCUUCAGGCGAGAACAGGCAAGUGGAGAGGCAGGUUACUUGAGUCUGAAGACAGGGUCCAGAGAGAGAGGGCUACCUGAUGUAUUUGGUUGAAGGCAGAUCUAAGAGGGGACAGUGCCCGGCACCUGGGAUACACUGUGCAAAAGCUACCAGGUGAGACAUAAAAUACAGACAGGACAGAGGCCUGAGGAGCAGAGAGAGGGACCCAUGCCAUUGUUUCAGGUGGGAAAUGCUCUGAGGAGAGAGACAGAUCAGUGAUGUAGUCUGAUCUUAGAAAUAAAAUAUCACACACUGAGAAACAGCUGAACUACUUGUCCAAAUCCACUGCCAGCAGCAUCAGAAUCAAGGUGUGAUUGCGGCUAAAACUGAUAUUGGAUCACUUAUGAUGCUGGAGCAUACUGAGACAGGCAGACAACGAAGAUCUCACACGUGACUCAUAGGUCUACCUCUGCUUGGGGAGACACAGAUGUGUAGCAAAAGAAGGUCCAGUAUUUGUCAUGCAAAAUGUAUCUGAAUUAAGCCUGAAAUUUAAAACAAAAAGGGCACAGGAGGCACUAAAAUCUGUUGCCUGGUCGUUACAGCUGCUUGGAGAGAGGAUCUCCUUGGUUAUACAGCCAUCUCAGUGGAGGACCACAGAGGGCUCUCAGCUGAGCAACGCUAUUUCCCUGUGGUUCUCCCAAGAAAAACUAUUUGCAAGCAUUUUGCCAAAUAAGUGACGAUGGUUUCUUUUGUGGAAUUAGAUAGAGUUACAAUAAAAUCAAGAAUGCAAAUUUAAUGUUAAAAGCAAAUAUCUCUAAUUUUUAUUUAUGAAAUUUGGGAGCUACAAGGUCAAUAUUGUAACUUUGGGCUCAUCAAGAAAAAGUCAUGCAGCCGGUGCUGUGGUGUAGCAGGUAAAGCUGCAGCCUGCAGUGCUGGCAUACUGUAUGGGUGGCAGUUUGAGACCUGGAUACUCCAUUUCCAAUCCAGCUCUCUGCUAUGGUCUGGGAAAGCAGUGGAGGAUGAUCUAAGUCCAUGAGCCACAGCACUUGCAUGGGAGACCCAGAAGAAGCUCCUGGCUCCUGGGUUUGGAUCAGCACAGCUCUGGCCAUUUCAGCCAUCUGGGGAGUGAACCAGUGGAUAGAAGGUUCUCUCUCUCUUUCUCUCUCUCUCUCUGCCUCUCUGCAACUGUGUCUUUCAAAUAAACAAAUAAAUCUUUAAAAAAAGAAAGAAAGGUAGAAAGGUAGAAAGGUAGAAAGGAAGAAAGGAAGAAAG